AUGGCACUCAUCGUCGUGGUAGGAGCGACCCGUGGCUUAGGUGCUAGUGUCACCAAGCAAUAUGCCGAAAAAGGCGACAACACCGUAUAUGGCACGACGAGAUCGUCAGAGGGGCCCAAAGAUUUCUCUGCCGAUGUGAAAUGGCUUACUGGCAUUGACCUCAUGCAACCCAAUGUUGGCGAGAAGCUCGCCGACCUCUUGGACCCUUCCCGGCCGAUUGACACCUUGAUCAUCACAGCAGGCUACUUUGCUACAGAGGACUUCACCGUGGACAAAGGUCCCGACUGGGAGAAAGAGCAGCGCAUGUACACAACCAGUUCUAUCGCCCCCGUCUUCAUCGUUCAUCAGUUCGUUCAUAAAGGCCUUUUGAGAAAGGGAUCCAAGGUAGUGCUCGUGUCCUCCGAGUCCGGCAGCAUCGCACUGCGACAUCCCAAGGAGGGCGGCGGCAACUACGCUCAUCAUGCUAGUAAAGCUGCUCUCAAUAUGGUAGGCAAGCUACUGAGCCUAGACCUUCAAGACCAAGGCGUCAUUGUCAGUAUCGUGCAUCCAGGCUUUAUGCGAACUGAAAUGACAAAAGGCGUUGGGUUUGACAAGUUUUGGGACGAAGGCGGAGCCGUGACACCGGACGAGGCGGCCACGAGCCUCGUCGAAUGGACGGAUAAGCUUGAUACCAGCAAGACGGGACAGUAUUGGGCGCCGCGUGGACCAGGAGACAUUGGGACUGCCGAGGUUGUCCUGGGCAAAAACUUGGCUACACCACUACAACUACCCUGGUAA